UACCACCGCUACAUUGCCAUCUGCAAAUCCCUGCACUAUGGGACCCUCCUGGGCCACAGAGCUUGUGUCCACAUGGCCACAGCUGCCUGGGCCACUGGGUUUCUCAACUCUCUCCUUCACACGGCCACUACAUUUUCACUGCCACUCUGCCAAGGCAAUGCUGUGGACCAGUUCUUCUGUGAAGUCCCCCAGAUCCUCAAGCUCUCCUGCUCACACUCCUAUCUCAGGGAAGUUGGGCUUCUUGUGGUUAGUGUCUCUUUAGGAUCUGGGUGUUUUGUGUUCAUUGUGUUGUCCUAUAUUGAGAUCGUCAGGGCCGUGCUGAGGAUCCCCUCUGAGCAGGGACGGCACAAAGCCUUUUCCACGUGCCUCCCUCACCUGGCCGUGGUCUCCUUGUUUAUCAGCACCUACAUCUUUGUCAUCUUUGCCUACCUGAAACCCCCCUUCAUCUCUUCUCCAUCCCUGGACCUUGUGAUGGCAGUUCUGUACUAG